AUGACGAUAUCGAGUGCUGUCGAUUUGACAAUAUUUGGCAUGCUAGCUGAGCUGAUGUUUGAUUGCUGUUUCACCACUGAUGUUUGGGAGGAAGAAAAUUACAAAGGCUAUGUAGGAGGUGUGAUUAGUCAACUUCGGGAUCAUUACCCUGACGUCUCAAUAUUGGUUUUUAAUUUUCGUGAAGGGGAAUCACAGAGCCCAAUGGCAAAUACUCUGUCUGAGUAUGAUCUGACAAUAAUGGACUACCCUCGGCACUAUGAGGGUUGUCCCUUGCUUUCAAUGGAGGUGAUACACCAUUUUCUAAGAUCCAGUGAAAGUUGGCUCUCACUUGGGCAGCAAAACGUGCUUUUAAUGCAUUGUGAACGGGGUGGUUGGCCAGUUUUGGCAUUUAUGUUGGCUGCAUUAUUGAUUUACAGGAAACAUUACACUGGAGAGCAGAAGACUUUAGACAUGAUUUAUAAGCAGGCUCCUCGUGAGCUUUUGUACUUGCUGCAGCCACUGAAUCCAAUUCCUUCUCAGCUAAGAUACCUACAGUAUGUAGCGAGGAGGAAUGUGAACAUGCAGUGGCCUCCAUUGGAUAGAGCACUCACUAUGGAUUGCAUCAUUAUUAGGGCGAUACCUAAUUUUGAUGGAGAGGGUGGUUGCCGGCCUAUAUUUCGUAUCUAUGGACAGGAUCCAUUUCUAGUUUCUGAUCGAUCGCCAAAAAUUUUGUUCUCAACUCCAAAGAAGAAUAAAGUUGUCCGUCAUUACAAGCAGGCAGAAUGUGAAUUAGUUAAGAUUGAUAUCAAUUGCCAUAUUCAAGGAGAUGUUGUAUUGGAAUGUAUUUGCUUGCACGAUGACCUGGAGCGGGAACAGAUGAUGUUUAGGACCAUGUUUAAUACAGCUUUUGUUAGGUCCAACAUCUUGAUACUUAAUCGUGAUGAACUUGAUACUUUAUGGGAUGCUAAAGAUCAAUUUCCAAAAGACUUCAGAGCAGAGGUUCUUUUCUCAGAGAUGGACACUGCUGCUUCUGUUCUUCCUGUAGAUUUGUCCUGUUUUGAGGAGAAGGAUGGCCUACCAGUGGAGGCAUUUGCCAAAGUUCAGGAGAUCUUUAACAGUGUAGAUUGGGUAAGUCCGAAGGGCGCUGCUGCUCGUAAUGUGCUCCAACAAAUAACCACGUCAGGUUUGAUCCAGGACAAGUUGGAAUCCACUCCUCCACAGUGUACCGACACUGGCAUGCUCCUCGAUCAAGCAACUUUAGAGAAGCCUGGAGAGAGGAAAGGACAUGCACCUCUGGACAAUAAUGCUAAGGGCUCGUCACCAUUUAUGUUGGAGCAUCAGUUGGUGUCGUCCAUCAAAUCAUCCUCCAACAUAGACCAAAGUGACCAACAGAAAGCUGAAUCUCAAUUUGUGGGGACCAGAAGUGAGAUGAAGGUGUCAAAAUUGCAGCCAUCAAUCCCUCUUUCAAAACCUUCUCCUGCUGACCUUAGUACAGAAUCUAGUGCUUCUUCUGAGUCAUCACAACCAUCUCCGCAUGUUCUCCCAACAUCAGGACGUCCUCCACUUGUAAAAGAGUUGGAUCCUCAUGUACAAGAAUGUGGUAAGCUGAAUGACUUCCAUUCCCUACCUGAAACCAAGAGUCUACCGUUUAAGACUAGUAUUCCAACUCCGCCUCCAUCCUCACCCUUACCUGGAAAGGAUCAGGGUGUUGGUACUGGACCAUCUCUAUCUCCUCCGCCAGUGUCAGCACUGCUCACUCCUCCCGUGAAGGAUAAAUUAGUCACUGCAACUGUACCUUUUGCCUCUCAGGCUACUCUUCCCAGAACCCAAGGCCCUCCAAUUGAAUCCUUGAAGGACAGACCUACUAAGUCUCAACCUGAUACAUCUCUGCUUCCUCCAACAGUGCAGCAGCCAGCUGAUGAAGCUGCUAAAAUGGAACCUACUCCACCUCCUCAUUGUACUGGACUAUCUCUAUCUCCUCCCCCGGUGGCACCAGCACCGCUCACUCCUCCCAUGAAGGAUAAAUUAGUCACAGGAACUGUACCUUCUGCAUCUCCGGCUACUCCACCCAGAACCGAAGGUCCUGCAAUUGUAUCCUUGAAGGAAGACAGACAUACUAUGUCUCAACUUGAUACAUCUCUGCUUCCUGUAACAACGCAGCAGCCAGCUGAUGAAGCUGCUAAAAGGGAACCUACUCGACCUCCUCAUCCUUCUGGAGGUUGUCCUCCAUCUGUAGCUCCAUCUCCCAGUUUCUCUUCUCCAUCAGCUGCCAUUCCCUUUAUCAAACCUAUGGAACAAAAAGUCAUCCAUAGGAGCAAUAUUUCACCACCGCCACCACCACCUCCACCUCCACCUCCACAGCGUCCAAUCCCUCUAUUGAAUGAGAGUGUUGCUCCUGUUGGUGGAUCACCUCAGCCACCUGCUCCUCCUACCCCACUUUUGAAGGAACAUUCAUCUUUCAGAGGUGUGUCAUCACCUCCACCACCACCUCCUCCUCCUCCUCAAGACCCAUACCCAUUACUUACCACCCCUGUGUUGAACAAGAAUUCUGCCUGUAGUGGUGGACCGCUUGAACCAGUCCCAGCUUUGAAGGAAAGUUUAGAUAAGCCACUACCGCCUCUGCCUCCACCUCCACCUCCACCUCCACCUCCAUGCCAAUUGACUACAGCCCCAAUAUUAAAUGCAAAUUCUGGCUCUAUCAAUGGACCGCCUCAACCUCCAUCUACGCCACCUUUGAAGGAAAAAGUAGUUUCCAGCGGUGGAGUACCACCACCCCCAUGCCAGUUGACUACAACCCCAAUCUUGAAUGCGAAUUCUGCCUCUAUUGGUGGAUCGCCUCAACCUCUACCUCCACCCACGCCACCUUUGAAUGGAAAAGUAGCGUCCAGCUGUGGAGUACCACCAACCCCAUGCCAGUUGACUACAACCCCAAUAUUGAAUGCAAAUUCUGCCUCUAUUGGUGGAUCGCUUCAACCUCCACCUCCACCCACUCCACCUUUGAAGGAAAAAGCUGUUUCCCAAAGUGGAGUGCCACCACCUCCCCCUCCACCUCUUCCUGGGAAACCUAUGAAGGAGAACUCCUCGUGUAGUGGUGGACCCGCUCCACCACCACCCCCUCCAUUGCCUGCUGCAGCUUCUAAGCAUACGAAUAUAUCUGCAGUGCCGCUGCCCCCUCCUCCUCCUGCAUUGGGCUCUCCGCAGAGUGUUCCUUCAGCUCCCCCUCCUCCUCCUGCAUUGGGCUCUCCGCAGAGUGUUCCUUCAGCUCCCCCUCCUCCUCCUGCAUUGGGCUCUCCACAGAGUGUUCCUUCAUCUCCCCCUCCUCCAAUCCCUUCUCUUAAGGCGGUUCUAAAAUCAGGUUCUGGUCCGACACAGUCAGCAUCAAAAGGUAGUAAUCUCCCUACUUCUCCAUCUCCGCCCCCACCUUCUGCUCCUCCGCCUGGCCUAAAGGGCCGAGGACCAUUAUCUCGUACCAUGAAUUCAAGAAGCCAGUCAUCAAAGAAACUGAAGCCAUUACAUUGGUUAAAGAUAUCUAGAGCAGUUUCAGGAAGCUUGUGGGCGGAGGCUCAAAAAUGUAGUGAUGCUCCCAAGGCACCAGAGAUUGAUAUAUCAGAGCUUGAAUCUCUCUUUUCAGCUGCAGUUCCAACUUCAGGACAAGGCGGUCCAGGUGGGAAAAGGAAUUCGAGGACCUCAGUGGGGCAGAAGCCGGAGAAAGUGCAGCUGGUUGAUCAUAGACGGGCUUAUAAUUGUGAAAUCAUGCUUUCUAAGGUGAAAAUACCACUGCAUGAUAUGCUGAGCUCAGUUCUUGCACUGGAAGAUUCAGCAUUAGAUGUGGAUCAGGUGGAGAAUCUGAUUAAGUUUUGCCCGACUAAGGAGGAGAUGGAAACUCUCAAGGGUUAUAAAGGAGAGAAGGAGAAGUUGGGUCGAUGUGAACAGUUCAUGUUAGAGUUGAUGCAAGUACCACGAAUAGAGUCCAAGCUGCGAGUUUUUUCGUUUAAGAUUCAGUUUGAAUCUCAGGUUUCUGAGCUAAGGAAGAGUCUGAAUAUUGUGAAUUCGGCGGCUGAUCAGAUCAAGGGUUCAUCAAAAUUGAAAAGGAUUAUGCAGACAAUUCUCUCUCUCGGAAAUGCUUUGAACCAGGGAACCGCCAGAGGGUCUGCUGUUGGAUUCAGGUUAGAUAGCCUCCUCAAACUAACAGAGACACGUGCGCGGAACAAUAAGAUGACACUCAUGCACUAUCUUUGCAAGGUACUUGCUGACAAAUUGCCCGAACUGCUAGAUUUUUCUAAAGAUCUGUCUAGCUUGGAACCUGCAGCAAAGAUACAACUUAAAUUUCUUGCAGAGGAAAUGCAAGCUAUUAGCAAAGGACUGGAGAAAGUUGUACAAGAACUGUCCAUGUCUGAAAAUGACGGAAUUGUGUCCGAGAACUUUCGCAAGGCUUUGAAGGAUUUCCUUUGUCAUGCUGAAGGUGAAGUGAGGUCCUUGGCUCAACUUUAUUCUGGUGUGGGUAGAAAUGUUGAUUCAUUGAUUCUUUACUUUGGAGAAGACCCAGCUCGUUGCCCUUUUGAACAAGUUAUCUCAACGUUGCUAAACUUCCGAAGGAUGUUUAAUCAAGCCCUAGAGGAAAAUCGCAAGCAGAUUGAGUUUGAGAGAAAGAAAGCAGAGAAGGAAGCAUUGGAGAAUCAGAAAACGAGUCAUUCAGAGAAAACUUGACCCAUUCUGCAUAGUCUGAAAUAAUGUACUCUUAUAUGAAAACAUCAUCAUGGCAAAGCUUGGCCGAGAUUGAAGAUCCUGGGGAGCGAGAAAUCAGUUAUCUGACUGUAUAAAGACGAUGUACUUUUUCUGUGGAAAAACCGGAGAUACGUUGGUGUAGGUUUGAAUGCUUCCCAGUGUUCCUCUUUUAUUAUUGAGAGAGAAUCGGGGAGUAUGCAGAUGGAAUUACGUUGGGGCGGUAGGCUAAUUGUACAUACUAGGAAAAGAAUGUAGAAAUUCUUGGAGGUGAUGCCUUUUUUUGUUCUUGGUGAUAACCUAGUGCUAAUAGUUUCAUUCUUUAUUAUCUGUAUUUCAUGCUGAUGAUCCUAGUUUGAUCUAGUUUUGUGGUCAUCAUCCUGUUCAAUAAAAAUAGUUGUUUAUGUUAAGUUCCUUUAUAGCGAUC